AUGACGGAAAGGGAACCACUGCUUGGAGCGGGAUUAACCUCCUAUAAUGCGACCGGAAUGGCCAAAUCCGAUACAACCGCUUCGUUCCAUUGCCAUGACCACGAUGAGAAGAAAGAGGACGAGAAAAACCGAAAAGCAAGACGAAUCCUGUGGAUCUCCGUCCUGAUUUGUUUGCUGUUCAUGAUUUGCGAAGUUGUCGGAGGGAAAAUUGCUAAUUCGUUGGCCAUUAUUACUGAUGCCGCGCAUUUGCUAACCGAUCUCGCAUCGAUGCUGAUCUCUCUCUUCUCCCUGUACAUCGCCAACCGCCCCGCCAACCAGAAGAUGAGCUGGGGAUUCCAUCGAGCAGAAGUCCUCGGUGCCUUCUUCUCCGUUUUCCUGAUCUGGGUGGUCACCGGCGUUCUCGUGGUGCUGGCGAUUAGCCGGAUAAUCAAGGGUGAUCACGAGGUGGAACCAAAGAUUAUGGCGAUCACCGCAAGUCUCGGUGUGCUCGUCAACUUGAUCAUGGGAGCCCUCUUAUUCUUCGGCGGACACUCCCAUUCUCACGGCGGAGGUGGACACGGUCAUAGCCAUGGAGGAGCUCCGAAGAAGAACAAGAAGAAGCAGCAAAAGGACAUCGAAAGCGCGCACGGGCAGAGCCAUGAAGGAGGGCAUGGCCAUAGCCACGCUGGUGGACAUGGACACAGUCAUGGAGGAGGACACGGACAUAGCCAUAGUGGAUCUGAUGCAUCGCAUGAGACUGAGGCUCAACAUACUGCACAUGGGCAUAGCCACGAGGAGAAGGAAUCUAAAGGGCAUGCUCACGAUGGUGCCAACAUCAAUGUCCGCGCCGCCUUCAUCCACGUCCUCGGCGACCUUAUUCAAAGUGUCGGUGUACUGAUCGCUGCUCUCGUUAUUCUCUUUGUGCCCUCCUGGACGAUCCUCGACCCGAUCUGCACGCUCAUCUUUUCCGUCAUCGUCCUCAGCACGACCAUCUACAUUCUCAGGGACGCGCUGGUGGUGCUCCUUGAAGGCCGCCCAGCCUCCGUCGACUUCAGCGAGGUGAUCCAGUCCCUCCAGUCGAUUCCUGGCAUCGAGAAGGUGCACGACCUGAGGAUAUGGGCGCUGACGAUGGAUAAGGUGGCCGUUUCCGUGCACCUUGAAGUUACUGACGAGCGCGACUCCCAGCGCAUCCUCCGGGAAACCAGAGCCAUGCUCAAACGGGAGCACAACGUACACGAAUGCACCGUUCAGAUUGAGACGUACUCCUCCGAGAAAGACGAUUGCCACCGAUGCGUGCCGCUCAAGAAA